GCUAUGUUCAGCGGUGGUAUCAUAGCCACCGGAAAAAUGUAAUGGAAAAAUGAGAUGAAAAUCAAGCACAACAAGGAGAUAGGAAGGAGUCGUUCUAGCAACAACUGUGUCCCUCUCAUAUUUCCACGGAGCUUGAAAACCAGGCCGGUCGCAUUCAAAUACGACCAGAAGUGGACUAGUGGUACGGACCUGUUUCGAGCAGUAGCCAUCUUUUUGAGAAUGGACGGGGCGAUACGGCGGCCGGCCUGCAUCCUGAGCCUGACUAGCGGGCUGGUGGAGGUUGGUGGCCGGGCCUCGAUGCUCCAAACACUGCUCAUUUUCUCCGCUUUCGGGCUUCUCCUUGGACUGCCCGCUAUCACCGAUGCGAAAGAAUGCGACAAACCGUGCAUGAAUGGGCAAUGCAACACGUCUACGGGCAACUGUGUGUGCAGCCCCGGCUGGGUCGGGGACCAAUGCCAACACUGCGGAGGAAGGUUCAGGCUGACGGGUCCCUCAGGGUUCCUGACAGACGGACCAGGGAACUACAAGUACAAGACCAAGUGCACCUGGCUCAUUGAGGGAACGCCCAACAGCAUCCUCAGACUGAGGUUGGACCACUUUGCUACAGAGUGCAGCUGGGACCACCUGUAUGUGUACGAUGGUGACUCUAUCUACACUCCUCUACUGGCUGCCUUCAGUGGGUUGAUAGUUCCUGAGCGCUAUGGCAACGAGACUGUUCCGGAGGUGGUUUCACAGUCUGGUUACGCCCUCCUCCACUUCUUCAGCGACGCUGCUUAUAACCUGACCGGCUUCAACAUCUCAUAUAGGGUGAACACGUGUCCUAACAACUGUUCUGGCCGAGGGGAGUGUCGCGUCGGGAACUCAACAGGUGCUGUAUAUUGUGACUGUGAAUCCAACUGGAAGGGCGAGGCCUGUGAUGUCCCUUACUGCCUGUCAGACUGUGGUUGGCCUGCCAGGGGACACUGCCUUCAGGACACAAAGACAUGUCGAUGCCAGCCUGGGUGGCAAGGUCCAGACUGCUCUCUGUCCGUCCCAGCCAACGCCUCGUUCUGGCAACGCGAGGAGUACCCCGAGCCAGGUCUGGCCAGGGCUUCCCACAAGGCUGUAGUGGACCAGGGGAUCAUGUGGGUCGUCGGGGGUUACGUCUUCAACUCCUCAGACUACCAGAUGAUUACAGCGUAA